UAGUCCAUGUGUUACUUGCAGAAGAUCAAGACCGUCAUGAUGAUAGAAAUGGAGGGUACACAAGAAUUGUCAGAAUUCUAACUAGGUGAGGAGACAAUGCACCAAUGGCUUAAAGCUUUUUUAGGUACAUGUUUACAUCGUCAUACGCAAAAUUCACAGUUUGAGGACCAUCCAGGGACCGAGCCCUAUCUGAAGCAUCGGGGUCCAUGUGAUGUAACCUCCAAUUGAAUCUAGGGAUUCCAUGAAUAUCAGGCAGCAAAUUCAGUUCGAAGCAGAUUUCAGAUCCGAAUUCUGAAUAUUAAAGGUGGAUAACUGAUAUGAGAGCAGUUGAAAGAGGAGAUGAAAUAGCAAAGUUUUGUGAAGAAUAGAGUGCAGAGAAGAUAGAGGAUUAGAGGAGGAAAUAGGGAUCUUUAGCUAGGUUUUUCGUGCGCAAUUUCUGCUCUCCAAAACUGUCUACUGAUUCUCCUUUUUAAUCUAUUUUAAUCAGCAGUGAUCCUCCUAACAAAAAGACUCAUCUGCAAAUGGAAACAAACUCCACCUGAACAACCAUCCCCUACUUCUACAAAUUACUUGUGAUCUGAAGGUUCAGAGGACCUGGCGUACCUGAAUAAAUUUGAAGAGGGCAUUGUAUCUAGGGCAAAUAUCAUUACACAUCCACAUAUUCUUAUCAUUAUCACUGCAGUUUUCAUCUUAUUCAGCCAGUUCCAACUUCUAACAACUCAAGAAUGACACUAAGAAUCAGUGGAUGGAUAAACAGAAGCUAAAGAAGACAUUCCACGUCUCUUGUAUUUGCAGCAUCAUGACAGGCGACUAUUUUAGUUGCCAUAGAGAAAACUUUUCCAGAUGAAACGCUUAGAUUAAAACUCAAAAGUUAAUCAAACAUAAUUGAUGAUGAUAUUAACAAGUUUUGGAGUUUGGAAUCUUAUUGAAAACUCUGAUACACAAAAACUCCCGACAACAUCUAUAUGGUUGAUCAAAGAAACUAGAGCCUUUUCCCAAACAGAGAAUGAACACGAACACACACAAAUAAAAAGGGUCCUUGGGGAAUCCCCUUUUCUUUCACUCCCUUCCCAGUUCAUUCCCAAGCAGUGCAAAAGUAUAUAAAUACCAGAAAGCACCAUUAUGUUAAUCCAUUGAAGGGAACCAAAGGACAUGCAUCAACUUUCAUUUACGUGUUAUUUCUCAUUAAAAAAAUGUUCCUUUGAUUUACGUACAGGGAUGUCCACGAGACAAAUUGUGGAUAACAUCAUUAGGUGAACCAUCUCCCUCUCUGUCUAGCCUUUUCCAUCCGUUGGACAUGGGCCCUGUGAUGACUCCAAUCGGGACCCUUCACCCAACUGAAAUCUUCUCCGUCAAUUUAACCCAAUACCAGUGAAGUGGACGCGAAGAAACGUAGCACUACCAUUUUACUAGCAUGCCCCUCAGCAAAUGAAACUCCCCUACCUGUCAACCUGAAAUCAUCAAAACAAAACCAAACCAGCCCCACUCCCUCUCCCUUCCACCACCUUAACACCUCCACCAUUCCCAUCUCUCUCUCUCUCUCUCUCUCACACACACACACACACAAACACACUUACAAACACUUGCAUUCAUGUGGCAGUCUUAGUUGUUAAAGAGGAAGAACAGAACAUGGAGACAGAAGAAGGUGGAGUCAUGGUGACAAGAGGCGAGAUCGACACAAGAGCACCAUUCCGAUCGGUGAAGGAAGCUGUUAUCCUUUUUGGUGAGAGGGUCUUAUCUGGAGAAGACUAUACCAACAAGCUUAAUGAGAUGAGAUUUGUGGCAAGCACAAGCAAACAUAGACCCUCUCACAUCGGGUCCAUGAAGGCUGAGUUAGAAGAAACAAAGAAAAACCUUGAGAAGGCUCGUGAAGAAAGCUUAGAAAUGGCAAACUGCCUCAGUUCUCUCAGGGCAGAGCUUGAGGUGACAAAGAACGAGCUCAAACACAUGAAAGAAAGGGAAUCAGAGAAACGAGUUAUAGAAUUGGAGAUUGAAGACCUCAAGUUUGUAGAGAGUACAACCAAAAUUCAGGUCGAGAAACCGGUGAUUAAAGAGGGAAUGGAAUUGCAAAAGAACAGGAGUGUUAAGUUUGCUGACCCACCAACCCUGGCUCAAGUUUUAGAAGAACAAGUUUUUGAAAGACAACUGUCUGUGGACAGUGCAACAGAUCCAAUGAAGAAGAGGAAGAAGAAAAAGGCAUUCAUUCCUUUCAUAGGUGUGAUUUUCUCUAAGAAGAAAGGUUAUCAAGAAGGUGCAUCACCUAAAGCUCAUAGAUCAUAAAUGUGAGGCAAUGGGCUUGAAGCUUCAUGCUUGUGCUGAAACAAUCGAGGCAAUUUUUCACAUUGCUUUUUCUUCCCUUCUAUA